CUGUGACAGCCGACGUUAAUCAACAACAUUUGACAAGUAAAUAACUUCUGAUCCCGUUUUCUUGUCAGUUUUUUCCAUUUUUAAACAGUUUGGCGAAACUUUGUGAGUAAAAUCUUAUGUGAGAUACUGCGGAAUGGCUGAGGUUGUAAGUUCUCCAGUCUCAGAAAAUCUAAACACGAAAAAUGGCAAUUUUAUUUGCGGCGUUGUCGAAGGUUUUUAUGGCAGGCCCUGGACCACCGAACAAAGAAAAGACCUGUUUCAAAAGAUGAAAAAAUGGGGUAUGGACUCGUACGUUUACGCACCUAAGGACGACUAUAAACACAGAGCUUACUGGCGGGAACUCUACACUGUUGAAGAGGCUGAACAUCUAACAGGACUGAUUCAAGCAGCUAAAGACCAAAAUAUAGUAUUCUAUUAUGCCUUAUCCCCAGGUUUAGAUAUUACUUACUCUAGUCAAAAAGAGAUCACAACACUGAAAAGAAAACUAGAGCAAGUCUCGCAAUUUGGGUGUACGGCAUUCGCUUUGUUGUUUGAUGAUAUCGAACCAGAGAUGUCUGAAGCUGAUAAAGAGAUUUUUCAAUCAUUUGCUCAAGCUCAAGUGUCUAUUACCAAUGAAAUCUUCCAACAUUUAGGUCAACCGAAAUUUCUGUUAUGCCCAACGCAAUAUUGUUCUACUAGGGCAGUGCCUAAUGUGACAAAUUCAGAGUAUUUGAACACUUUGGGUUCUAAAUUAGCUCAAGAAAUUGAUAUUAUGUGGACUGGUUUUAGAGUAAUUUCUCGAACAUUGACUAAGGAAAAUAUUCAGGAAAUCACAGAGGUUUUAAAGAGGCCCCCUGUUAUUUGGGAUAAUCUUCAUGCAAACGAUUAUGAUCAAAAAAGGGUGUUUUUAGGACCCUACUCAGGCAGAUCACCAGAUCUGAUACCGAAAUUGAGAGGGGUUGUCACAAAUCCGAAUUGUGAAUAUGGUGCUAAUUUUGUGGCAAUACACACACUGGCGCAAUGGUCCAGAUGUAAUCUAGAUGGACAAAGAGAUCUUACCAUAAAUGACACUGUUUCGGCUGAUAUUAAAUUAGAGACAGAAACUGAAGAUGGGUUGACAGAAGAUGUUCCAACUACUCUGCCUCCUAAUAUGUAUCAUCCUAAACAAGCCCUAAGAAAUGCGAUAAAGGAGUGGUUGCCAGAGUUUGCCAAACAUAAGAUGGCUUGGGGACCGAUUGCUAAACCACAACCAGCAGUGGCAGUGAUCCCAGUACCAAUAAUUCCUUCAAUUAAUACUUGUAUGAGCUUGACUUCCUGUACUACUACAACUACAUCAGCAGGAAGUCAACCGGUAGUGACUCCAAAUCAGUUGCAAGCGUUGGCCGAAGUUUGUAGCACUGUGACUUCAGUAUCUGACAGUUUGGUAAACCCAGGUCCUGGGCCUGUCAUGAAUUCUUUGGUAUCUGAUACGAAAGUGGUCACUAACGACUCUAUACCCAAUCCUAUAACGCCUGUACCAGUGCCAAUAGCUAUAAACGACUCAAAGAAAAGUAUAACAGUCCUAGAAGGAGCGGUAAUCAAACCAGAAAAGCCUAAAGGUGACGAUACCCAAGCAGUAUCAACUGAUACAGUAACAGGAGAUCGGAAAGACAGUAUUAAGGAAGAAAGUAUAAUGAACACCGAUCCAACCAUAAGUAAUGAGUCAAGUCUGAGCCCUUCUGAACCAAUGGACUGCAACAGCACCCCAAACAUAUCACCCGCGCAUGGUGUUGUCAAGGCAGCUGAAGGAUCCAAUGAGGAUGUAGCCAUGAGCGAAAAUUCUACUUCUAGUGGUUCCAUGCAAAUAGAAAGCAAUGAUACUAGUCAGAUGAUAAUGGAGAGUCAGAGUGAUAUUGAAAGGAAAACUAAUGAUCUAACCUUUGAAGACUUGGCGUUACUCUGUGAUCUAUUUUACUUACCUUUUGAGCACGGCUCUCAAGGCUUGCAGUUGUUACAGGAAUUUCAUUGGUUGAAAUCGAACGCGCAUAUCGUGAUUUCGGCCAAUCAGAGGAAGGAUAAGUCUGGGCCAGAGGCUCAAGAAUGGUUCUCCAGGGCGGAUAAAAUGCACGAAAUGACACUGGCUGUGAACAGAUUGUUUCAACAUAUUUCUUCUUGUAACAACAGGGAGAUGCUGUAUGAUCUAUACUCUUAUAUCUGGGAUAUAAGAGGCGUGAUAUCAUUGCUUAAUUCCUAUAUUAAGUGGCUUGCCAAUGGCCAAUACCCGUCGUCGAUGCCGUCGUACACCCAGGGAACUUACACAUGGUUUUCCAAGGGCUGGAAAGAGACUUUCAUGUCUGGCGAGCAGGAACCGUGGGUAUUCAGGGGCGGACUCACUGCCGAUCUUCAGAGGUUGAUACCUGUAGAUUCUGGCAACGAUCUCUUUGUCUACAAAGUCCCAGACGUGCCAACGUGCAGAGUCUACACUAUUAGGCCAUAUCUACCCACCGAUGAGGAGCAGGUCUACAAUGUUUCCACGAGGACAUGCAAGGACGGUCUGGAAGAGCUACAUCCUCUACCCGACGAGCUGAAGAGUAUCUACGCAGACAGAAUAGUCGGACCGUACUUGACUCUACACCCGGAGUUUUGUUUUGUUGUAGAGGAUGAUCUUGGCGUAGUUGGUUAUGCAGCGGCAGCUCCCGAUUACAAAAAAUUCAGAGUGAAACAGGAAAUAGCCUGGAUUCCAGAAAUGUGCCAGAAAUAUCCAGAAUACUUAGCUAAAGAUGCUACCAAACUUGUACAAGAAUGCAUAUCACAUUUUCACAACUUCAAAGACGAAGUUUACGUUAGUAGUCCUACUCACCCAUCUAGCAUGAUCUGUAGCAUUUUACCUUCGGUUUUGGACCAAUCAGUCAGCAAAAGACUGGUGACGUGUCUUCUGGCAGCGUUAAGAGCAAAUGGUACUUUUGGUGUUCAUGUUGUCAUGAACGCUCAAGACAGCUAUACGCAUGCGUUUUACGGAAAACUGGGAUUCGUGGAGAAUACGCAUGAAGCGAUCAAGGGCAAAAUUGUGAUGGGCAGAACUUUUUAAAUCAUACAUACUUAAUGUAUAUUUUCACAAGCAACACAUGGGGGAGACUGAUGAUCUUAGUUUGCACAAAGUUUUUAGUUUUGUUAAUUUUUAUUUGUUUUCU